AUGAUGAAGGCAUUGGACACACAAGUGGGUCAAUUGGCCAAUACUAUGAAGAAUCAAAUGUCUAUAUCUUUUCCUAGUGACAUAGAGAAGAAUCCAAAAGAGUGUAAUGCCAUUAAUUUGAGGAGUGUAAAAGAAUUGGAAGCUCCUAUUGUUGAAAAGGAAGAGGUUGAGGAAAUCCCCAAGAAGAGUGAGAAUGAAGAAAGCAAGCCAAAUGAGGAGAUUCCAAAGAAAGAUCCAUUGGUGGAAAUUUAUGAGCAAUUCAAGAAGUUUCUGAAUAUUUUCAGGAAAAUCCAUAUCAACAUUCCUUUUGUGGAUGCUCUUGAACAAAUGCCUAACUAUGCUAAGUUUAUGAAGGAGGUGAUAUCUAAGAAGCGUAAGUUAGAGGAUUAUGAGAUGGCGAAGCUAACAGAAAAAUGUAGUGCCAUUAUCAAGAGACAACUACCGGAAAAGUUGAAAGAUCCAAGGAGUUUUACUAUUCCAUGUGUAAUUGGUGAGCUACAUAUUGAGAAGGCCUUGUGUGAUUUGGGUGCUAGUAUUAAUCUAAUACCUCUCUUUAUCUUUCAAAAGCUCAAUCUUAGAGAGGUCACACCAACUACUAUUUCAUUACAAUUGGCGGAUCAUUUUUUAAUGUAUCCUAGAGGUAUCAUUGAGGAUGUAUUAGUGAGGAUUGAUAGAUUCAUUUUUUCGGUUGACUUUGUUGUGCUUGACAUUGAGGAAGACCAAGAAAUUCCCAUAAUCUUGUUAAGACCUUUUCUUGCAACCGGAAAAGCUUUGAUUGAUGUCCAUGAUGGUAACUUGAAUCUAAGGGUGAAUUGUGAAGAAGUAAAGUUCAAUAUUAUUAAUGCCAAGAAGUUUCCCAAGGAGCAAGCAUAUUGUAAGAGAGUGGAUGUAGUUACUCCAUGUUUGAGAGACUUUUUCAAGAACAUGUUUUGUAAUGACCUUUUGGAAUUAUGUUUGACAACACUGAUUUCUAAGGAGGACCUUGGGGCAUGA